AUGGAGGGUACAUCAGGUAAGGAGAACCGUCUCAUAUGGGGGAAAGUUGAAAAAGUGUCCAGUUGUAUGCUGAGAAUAAAGUUUCCAUUACCUACCAGAAUAGCGCUGGCGUUCGAUGAUUUUAUUAUGGUGAUAGUUAUUAAACGAUAUAAAAUAAUGGGAAAAAGUUGUAUUGUGAAAAGUUGUCCUAGUGGACGCAAACUAAAAAUUACAAAAAAUGAUCCGUCUCAGCAUCUGUCUUUUUUUCAACCUUCUACACCGGCAAGAUUAGACAAGUGGCAAAAGUGUUUGGGUAUUAAAUUAAAAGCCACUAAUAAUAUUUGCCAUCUUCAUUUUAAAGAAUAACAUAUAAAAUUGUACGACAAGUUUAUCAUUAAUGGAGAGGUCAAGAUUUUUCCAACAGUGAAAAAAAAGCUAAAACCUGAAGCAGGAAUUCCUGACCCCUUAUGGAAUAGUAAAAAAAAAACAUUGGGAAGCUUUAUUAGAAGAGGAGAAAGAGUAGGGUGCUUUCAACAUGAAAAAGAAUUAUUAAUUUUUAUGUAGUGAUAAGAUCUCAUUUUUUGGCUAAAUCUGAAAAUAAACGCUACGAAGCUGCCAAAAUUAAGACCAAAGCAAAUAGAAAAAAUGCCAAACUACUAUCAUAAGUACACAACUUGUUAUUAA